AACUCUUCUUUUUCUCAAGAAAAAAAUUCCUGAUCAUGAAUACAUUAUUUCAGUUCAUGGCUGCAGCUCUCUUCUUGGCUGCUGCUUUUGAAGGAUCAAAUGCUCAAUUGAGUACGACAUUUUACGCUACCACUUGCCCUAACGUGUCGAGUGUGGCACGCAGUAUCCUGGAACAGGCUCAGCAGAACGAUGUCCGGAUUGGAGCCAAACUCAUUCGGCUUCAGUUCCACGAUUGCUUUGUCAAUGGUUGCGAUGGCUCGCUUUUACUAGACAAUGCAGACGGAAUAGAGACUGAGAAGGAUGAACCUCAGAAUGCAUCGGUUGAUGGCUAUGGUGUCGUUGACGACAUCAAGACUGCACUAGAGAAUGUCUGCCCUGGCGUCGUCUCCUGCUCUGAUAUUCUGGCCAUUGCAGCUCAAAUUUCUGUCUCAUUGGAUGGAGGUCCCACAUGGGAAGUACAGAUGGGUAGAAGAGAUAGUAGGACAGCGCACAGAGCCGCUGUUGCUGCCGGAAUCCCAAGUCCUUUUGAAUCCCUCGGCGACGUUAGAGCCAAGUUCACUAAUGUUGGUCUCGACUCUACCGAUCUCGUUGCUUUAUCUGGUGCUCAUACAAUCGGCCGGGCUCAAUGCUUCACGUUCACCCGACGCCUUUACAACUUCAACAACAUCAGCGGAAAUGCGGACCCAAGCCUGGACCCAACCUAUUUGGAAACGCUUCGCCAAGCUUGCCCGGAAAACAUGGGCGGGGACGCCUUGAACAACCUCGACCCCACCACCCCCAACGGCUUCGACAACAACUACUUCACCAACCUCCAGAACAACCGCGGGCUUCUUCAGAGCGACCAAGAUCUGUUUUCAACUAACGGGUCUGAUACCGUAGCCAUCGUUAACCGGUUUGGUAACAGCCAGAGUGACUUCUUUGAUAGCUUUGGGCAGUCCAUGAUCAACAUGGGAAAUAUUAGUCCAUUGACUGGAACCAACGGGGAGAUAAGGGCUGAUUGCAAGAGGGUUAAUUGAACAAUCUAGUAAUGGGAUCAUACAAGAGUAUUAUCUAGUUUUUGGAAUUUUAG